UAUUCAAGGAAACAGUGCGCGAACAAGGAGAUAGUAUGUGUAUGGGAGACGCCAAGUUGCUUACUCACCACAGUCGAUUGGAAGGGAUUGUUGUCUCUGGUAAAUCAUCAGCAGAGAGUGAUCAACUGGUGCGAUGCGAGCGUCUUUAGAGAGAAGUGUAGGUCCGGACAUGGAUUUAUAGACAAUGCAGGUGGUGACUGACUGUUUGGGAAUAAGACACUGAAAAUUCCGUAUUUGCAAUCGUUUCUCUGAGAAUGCACUGGACAACCAACAGAUAAAGAUGGGCUGUGCGUUCUCAAAAGCCUACGAGAACAAUCCAAGAAUAUUUCACGUGUGGAAUGUGGAUAGUGAUGGCCGUCAUCUGAAACCUGGAAAAAUAGAAGUUACAGACACGCAAUUGAUUCUUUACCAGAAAACAAACAUUGUAGUGAGAUGGCCUUUGACAAGCUUGCGUCGGUAUGGUUUCGAUUCAGAAGUGUUUUCUUUCGAGUGCGGUAGAAGGUGCACCACUGGGGCAGGAGUGUACGCCUUCAAAUGCAGAAGAGCCCAGGCUUUGUUCAGCAUCUUGCAAGAAUCCAUCAACAAUAGCAGUAGUAAUGCCGCCUCUAACACUUACGCGGAGGAACAAACUUCUACAGCCGUAACAAACACCAACGCCGAAUCGGUGAACCCCAUACAUUCCACAUCUCCAGCAGUUCAGAAUGGCCACAUUCUCAACAUGAUACCGACUAGUCCAACAGUGGAUGCCUUCGGGUAUCUGCAACCAAAUCCAGCAAAUAAUUUCGUUCAUUUUCAACCUCCUACUCCAGCUCCAAGACACAACAGCACUGCUGGCUCUCCGGGUGGAUAUAUAUGCAUCCAAGGAACUAGCAGCGUAAGUCCGCCAGAGGGUAUGACAACAGAAUGGCCUUCCAUGCCUUCGAACCUACCUAGCUGCUGUAGUCUGGGGACUUGCGGAGGAAGAUCUAUAUCUGCCUCUCCUUCAGCUCAUCAUUAUGUAAAUAAUGAGGUCAUUGAGCAGGGUGCGAGUUGUUCAAAUACCAUGUGCAUUAUGAACAAGUACGUCAAUCACUCUGUGAUUGCAGCAGAUUUGACACAUCGAUGCUGUCCAGUCACAAGAUGUUGCGUAGAACAUAACAACAAAAGCACGUACGUGAACAGUGCAAUGGUCACUCUGAGCACAGGUCACCUGCCUUGCUCUGGAGGGAUUUGUCCAAUGGACUGUGCCCAUUGUUUGGAUUUGAAUACCAACUAUGCAAAGUUAGAUGACCUUCUAAAGCAGGAACAGUCGGCAAAAAAACACAAAGAACAUUACUACGUUAACGUUAAAACUGAUGCUACUGCACAUUCUAGUUCCACCAGUAGCAAAUGUGUGUCUGGUAGGUCCAGUCCUAUAGAAGCUCUCAGCAGGUGUGGCACUCUGACCACCCCAACUAGUCCAAACUCUACCCAAGUGCUCAAGUCACACUGUUACGCCAAUCUGGGCUCUCCUACUACCUCUGAGACCGCGAGUUCCAAAGAACAGAUCGAGCUAACUUAUGCGGUACUGGACUUGUACCAGUCUGAUUCGAGCAAUAAUAAUGUUGCAUCGCCAGUUUCCACUCAGAAUAGCCUUCAUUCACUUGCUAGUUCUCCUGUUAAAUCGCCAGAGGGUUACGCCCAAAUUGAUUUUGAUAAAACUGUGGCGCUGUCGAAUUCUGCUAAUCCAUGUGCAGCUUUCAACGACGAUAGUAUGAGAAAGACUAGGCAUAACGCUGUUACACCCGGUGCGAGUAUGACUGUGUAAAAAUGGAACACGAUUCUUUUAUAGAGUAUUUUCGAUUUAUGGUGCUUUGAGAUGAAACCUGUAUUGUUCAAAGCAGAUAGUAAAAUACAUCAAUGUAUUGUAUCUUGAACAAAGCGAUGGAUCUCUAUUGUCCAAUGUCUGUCGGAUGGAAUUGUUGCCAAAGACAAUUUUAAAGUAUUCUUCUACGGAAAUUCGAUAAGACAAAACGAAAAUCUUGCUUUUUCAGGGAUAAGGGAUUUAUUAAAUCUUAUGAAAUUCCACAGUCACUGGUAGAACGUCCAGUUUUUAAUACUUUUGUUAAUAUUAAGUGGAUAAGAAAGUUCAAGUCGAGUAUUUUAUAUCGUUUGAAGCGGGAAGAUAAUGAUUGUUUUAAGUGUGUAUCGCGUGUGAUUUUGUAAUAUAUUCAUUACUGUCAUACAUAUUUUUCAAAAUAUUCGAACUGUAGGAUUUUUUUCCCGAUUAUUUUGUACAUUGAAGUAACUUUACAUUUGUAUAUUUCAUUUCCAAACUUGUAAAUAUAACAUAUUUUUCAUCUAUCACUUCAUUAAAGUAUAAAUAUGUUUUCAUUUUCUCUACUAUUAAAAUGCUAAUCUAUGAAAGUAUGUCUCUGAUAAUUUAUCUUAAGUUGCCGUAAACAUAAUUUAUUAUAAAUAAAAAAUUAUGAUAAACUUAUGAUGAUUAUAUUAUACAUUAUGUCCCAGUUUUUUUAUUUGCAAUAUUGCAUUAAUGAAUCGUCAAUCGGUAGCUUUUCAAAAUUCCUAAAACUACAACAAUAUUCGUGCCAUAUUUAUUAGCUUAGUUAGCUUUUCGAUGCUGUUUCUAUUAUUUAAAUAUAUCUUUCUUUCUUAAAUAUUUUUCCUAAUUUUACGUAUUUAAUUUCAAAUCAAUUCCAUUUAAUGAAAUUAUAUUCAAUAAAAAUAAUUAUGGAACAUUUUUGCAAAUUUAAAUUUUAUAUCAGCAAUUCUUAAUCUUUCAGUUAAAAUAUGUUGUCAGACUGAAAUUUUUCAAUAAACCAACAUUAUAUCUAGUUAUUUAAAAAUAAUUAAUAUCAAAAUAUGGCAUGAAAAUGUUCUGACAUAUUUUCAUAGGUUUUGUAUUAGUGCUUUAAAAGUAUAUUACAAAAUGUUUGUUUCCUGUAUAAGAAAAUUUUGGAUGCGUUUUAAGAACUGCUUAUUUUUAUAUAUUUUCUGAUUUAUUACGUGAUUUAAAAUUAGAUAAAAGUUGCAAUAAUUUCUAUAAUUGUUAUACAGAAUUCCAGUCAUACUUCUCUUGUACAGAUUUGUCUAUAUAUUUUUUGUCAAAGAAUUCCAGAAUGUUAUCGGAAACUAGAAUUGGAUGUUUUACAACUAAAGUAGCGCGCUAUUUAGAUUGAUUCUGUCUAUUUUUAAAAGUUGCUUUACUGAUUCCCAAGUGUUAUAAUGUGAAUGAAUUUGUUGUACUACUUUCCAUGAACUUUCUUGUAUUGACUUCUCUAAUGAACAUGAUGAACUAGAAUUGUACAAAUAUUUCGAAGCUUUGUACAAAUAUAAAUGGCUUUUAACUCUCGUGCUUCCUUAUUUCAGUGAAGGUCAUUUGCUUGACAUUUAUUGUAGUGCCUUGUGUUAAGUUUUCAUUUUAUUUUGCACAAAUAAAGUAAGUAUCUUUAAA